UUCCCCUUCCUGUUCUUAUGAGCAUAAUAAUUUCAUUAGAUUUAGCCAUGUGGUGAGGAAUAGAAUCCCAGAAUGGAGGAAUGACUCAUGCUGGGUGUGCACCUUGGUGCCUCCCGAUGCAGAACGAGGACUUUCUUUCCUUCCUAUCCCUUUGACGGCUGCAAAUAUUACUCAUUCAAAUGUUACUCUCCAUCGGGCUACAACUCGUACCUGGCAACAAGAAGGUAUAAGCCCUAACUCCAGGUAUUUGUUAACCUUCAAGGUGCAGGGUGAGUGGUGUCUCCUGGCGAAUGAGCCAGGCCUGUUUUUAGGGAACAGUACUUGCAAAUACUGUGUGGGCCUGGAUGGUGACAGAGAGUGGGUCACUCCCUUUGUUUAUUGUUUUGACACCACUGACGACAUUGACCGCAAAAGUAUUUGCGCCAAUAGUCUCUGCUAUGAAAACUGCACCAUGGUAUGGGAAAACUCCGAUGGAAAAUGUCUGUAUGCAGGCAAAAAUGUAGAGACGGAGACAUCUCCUCGAAGCACGGGCCUAUUGGGUUUACGGGUCGUUAUACAUUCCUGUUACAAAAAGCGUUGGGAGUAACACGGGAUGCACCUCCAGGCCCUGUUCCAGCAGGGUUCGGUUCUUACUGGGUGUGUGGGAAUAAAGCCUAUCAUACCCUUCCAGUACACUUCUCAGGUUCUUGUUAUCUUGCCUGGUUGUUACCCCCCACUCAUGUUGUGAAACAAUUACAUGAAGGCAAGAUUAGAAAUGUAAGGGACACUAGCAAACCUCAAGCUGAAGAGGAUGCAGCCCUUGAACCAAUGACGUGGGCAACAUUUCCUAGUAAUCGCAGACUUAGGAGAGGGGUUAUAAGACUCCAGGGUAUUUUAGAAAUUAUAGCUAAUGAAACUGCUACCAUAGUUACAAAUCAAGCUACUGAACUUAAGCAGCUUAGACAGUUAGCUUUACAAAAUCGUAUGGCUUUAGAUAUUCUAUUAGCAGCUCAAGGAGGAACUUGUGCCCUUAUAGGCCAAGAGUGUUGUGUAUUUGUGAAUGAUACCUAUAAAGACACCUUUAACAGAGCAGCCCACUUAAGAGACAUCGCCCGAGAAAGGUCUGAUGAAGGUAGCUGGACACAUGAUUGGUUUGAUAGUUUAUUUUCCUGGUUUUCUUCCCUAACAGACUGGCUAAAGGGACUCCUGAAAGAAGGUGUUAUGAUUUUACUGAUGAUUAUGUUUAUUUUUUGUGUGUUUAAACUGUCCAUGUGCAUAAUGUCUAAAUGUGCUAGGGCAACUAGCAAACCAAAGGGAAUAUUUCUCUCUUUACAAGAAAGACAGGUUUUGGCAAAGGCGGGAACCAUGCCAGAUACCGAUAUUCUAUUCUGACCCCUACAUAUUUGCUCUAACACUCCUAUUGCUGUGAAAAGUCUGAUCAUGAACCCAUUAUAUGGGUCAUGAUCAAAGGGGGGAAAUUGAAAUAAAAUUAUUCUACUUAACUGCCAGGGGGCAAAUUUGUCACGUACACAUGGAAGAUAUAUAGCAUAGCUAUGCAUAGUCCUAACUAAGGAAGUUCCUUCUAGAGGAAAUGUAGCCAAACUCCAAACCUGAAGACAAUGGAAUUUUCUGUGCCUGCAUCCUGUAGAUAACUAACUGCUUGGUUUGCAAAAUAACGCAAGGGGGGAGGGGGGAGUAGAUGAACAAUAAGGGGUCAUGCGAGGGACAGAUAUAUGUAGCUUGCUAAUUAUGUAUGCUAAUGAUGGCAAAUUUUAAACAAUUUUGGAGCGAUAGAUUAUCAUAAGCAACUGCAUAUAAUGCUUUGGUAUAAGUGUUUUCUUUGUUCUUGCUGACUUAUGAGCUCGAACCCAAUUGCAAUUGAAAUAAACGGAUCGCCCCUCCUGGGGCUCCAUGCUUGAUUAACUGUGUCCACCUCUCCUUAUUCCUCAGCUGGAACGGACAAGAAUUUCUAUGACACUACUUUAUUAGACAACACUCUUUGAAUGUUACUGCCAAUGCUUGCUGAGGUGCCUUAAUCCCUGAAGAGUAGACAAGUCUCCAUCAGGAGCCUAUCUCAGCUGGAAUUGCUGAACAGGGCUUCUGGUGUGAAGCAGGAGUGCUGAAGGUCCGCAGGUCCAGUCUCAGGAGGCAAUGAAGCUGCGUGUCUUACCCUGGGGGAAGAAUGAGACCUCUAGGAAUCUGGCACAUCAAAGGGCUUCCUCUGAGAGACUGCUCCAAACCUGGAGCAUAUCACCAAUCCUAUGGAUCCAUGAGAGUAGGCGAGGGGACAUUAGGGCAGCUCUAUGCAAUGACCCCUGCUUGCUGCAACAGGAGGGCUCUGGGGGAUCUGUUCAUGUAGUCCCAGUCCUUGGCUCCUCUCCUUCCCAAGGAAAAUGGGUUUCUUCCAUAGGCAUUGGGGUGGGGGGCAAAGGGCCAUUGCUUCCAUAGGCUUUUGAGAGGGGAGCAAGGGAGCCUCCUUGGGGGAGCUCAAUCUCCUGGGCAGGCUGGCUGAGUCAUGGGACACUUCUGGCUGGAGGAGAUGAGGCAGGAGUUAAAAUAACUGGUGCCCCCUGACAAUUCUGACACCUCCC